UAUUAUAUUUUGUACUUUGCGCUCAUCAAGCUUUUGGUAACAUCGUAUUGGUAACAUUACUCAACCUGCCAUAAGGUUGAAAUCAACGCGUGCGUUUUAUAAAUAAAUUGCUAUUUCCAUGUGGUUCCAAGGAAAAUGUUCAGUGUUGAUAGUUAAUCUACCCAAAUUACGCUAUCAUGUUCGAUUUAAAUCAUCAUUAUCAGUCAUCUUCUAUGGUUCGGAUGUAUUUAGUUUAGCAAGUUUACAAAAGCUGUAUAACCUGCUGACAGUACCAGCUGAUUUUAAAACUGUAAAAGGCUCUUCAAAUGAGUGUUUAAUUGAUAGAUUGGAAAUAGUCACUAAAAAUGAUCUCAAUCGUGUUGCUCAAUUUGCCAAAGCCAAAGGAUUGACUGUACACCAAUGGCCUCACAGAUUAAAACCAGACUGUUAUGACUUAGGUGUUGUUGUUUCUUUUGGACAAUUAAUUGACGAAGAAUCCAUUAAGAGUUGUAAAUAUGGUAUGAUCAAUGUUCAUCCUAGCUUGUUACCUAAAUACCGAGGAUCUACACCUAUCCAAAAAGCCGUAUAUGCUGGAGACAAAGAAACUGGGUUAAGCGUAGUCACAAUUCAACCGAAAAAAUAUGAUAUUGGGAAAAUUUUACUUCAACAGAGGAUUGAAAUAGCUGAAGGAAGUAAAGCAAUUGACUUAUAUAACAGUUUAGCCGAGAUUGGAGCCACUCUUUUGAUUCAGUGUAUAUCAAACUUGCCAUUUUAUUUAUCAAAUGCUAAAGACCAGCAAAAGGAGGGCAUUUCUUAUGCAGUCAAGCUCAAGAAGUCCGAUGGUCAGAUUGAUUGGAGAGUCAUGACAAGUGAUCUAGUUGAUAGGACAUUUCGUGCCUAUGAUGGUUUCAUUCCUAUAUACUGUAACUGGAUCAAUGGAUCACCUUUAUUCCUAAUGGACAUGAUUGACACAAGAUUGACUCAUAAGCUUAAUUGGGACAAUUUGGAAAAGAUUGUUUUCGGUCACGUCUGUCAUGACAAACCUGGACUAGUUAUGUACAAUUCGCGGUUAAAUGGAGUCUGUUUCAAGUGUAAAGAUAAUAAAUGGGUUGUAUUUAGGAAGUUAGCCUUAAAAAAUUAUGCUAAAAUGACUGCCUUAGACUUCAAAAAUGGAUUUAUUAGCAAACAAAAACAGCCUUUAAUAUUACCCUCUGUUAUUAAACAUUAAUUAUUAGUUUUGAUGUUAUUUUAGUAAUUAUUUUACAUGAUUAGUGUACUCAGCUUUCACCUUCCAUAUUAAAUUUUCUGUUCAUCGACUUGA